AUGCCAGGCUGGUGGCUGCUGCUGGCGCUGCUGUGCCACCAGCUGUGUCCCCGUGUGGUGACAGCGGCCAGGAGGGACAGGGACAAGGACAGGAGGGGCAGGAAGGAGCACCCAGAGCCCCUGAACACCUCCCUGGCCAACAGCGAGGAGCAGCCCAAGCUGCUGGAGGCUGCAGAUGCACGGCUCACAGACCCCCACAGGACCUGGAUCUCCUUCGUGCACCGCCCGGACGACGGCAGCAACUCCAAGAGGAGAUGCAAAGGCAAAGACAAGAAAUUGCGAGGCCUGGUGGGGCCUCCGGGGCCUCCUGGUCCUCAGGGACCUCCAGGAGCUCCUGGGGCUGAAGUCACCAGGGAGGUUCUUCUGCAGGAGUUCAAGGAGAUCUUAAAAGAAGCCAUGGAGCACAGGGCCUCCCUGGCCAUCUCAGCCCAGCCCAGCCAGCUGCCCCCGCUGCUGCUGUCCCUGGAGGAGGUUCCCUCGCAGCGGCGCGUGGAGGAGGCGUUCCACUGCAAGCUCAAGGGCCAGGUGCUGGUGGACAAGAAGACCUUGGUGGAACUCCAGAAUUUCCAGUCGCCCGUGGCCAAGGGCGCAUUCCUGCGGGGCUCGGGGCUGAACCUGGCCACUGGGCGCUUCACUGCCCCCGUGGGUGGCAUCUACCAGUUCUCAGCCAACAUCCACAUUGACCACAGCGAGCUGAAGAGCAAAGUGCAGCUGCGGGCGCGGGACAGCGUGCGGGUGCUGAUCUGCAUCGAGUCCCUGUGCCACAGACACACGUCCUUGGAAGUCAUUGCUGGCCUGGAAAGCAACAGCAAAAUCUUCACUGUUUAUGUCCAUGGCUUGCUGCAGCUGCAGGCUGGCCAGUACACCUCCAUCUUCGUGGACAACGGCGCCGGCGCCACCGUCACGGUCCAGCCGGGAUCUGAUUUCAUGGGAAUGCUGCUGGGAGCCUAGCAGCGAGGAUGGCACCCCAAAAUCCCCCAAAUUCCCAAAUUCCUGCCUUUUGGAC